AUGGGCGGUCAAAUUUCACGCUUCUACUCGCUGAUAUUUGCAAAGAAGGAGAUCCGGAUUCUGAUAUUGGGGCUCGAUAAUGCGGGGAAAACAACGCUGCUAUAUCGUCUAAAGAUAGGAGAAGUCGUCACAACGAUACCGACAAUAGGCUUCAACGUCGAGUCUGUCACGUACAAGAACCUGAAUUUCAACGUCUGGGAUCUAGGCGGCCAAACCUCGAUCCGGCCCUACUGGCGCUGCUACUAUGCCAACACCGCCGCUGUUAUCUUCGUCAUCGACUCCACCGAUAUUGACCGUCUAGGAACCGCCUCCGAAGAACUCGCCGCGAUGUUGAAUGAGGAGGAGCUGCGCGACGCGGCAUUGCUGGUAUUCGCGAACAAACAAGAUCAGCCGGGCGCAAAGGGGGCAGGAGAGAUAUCUGAGGCGCUGCGGCUAGGCGAGCUGAAGGACAGGAACUGGAGUAUCGUGGCGUGCUCUGCGAUUGAUGGGAGAGGUGUGGAUGAGGGUAUGGAUUGGUUGGUGCAAACUGUACAGUCGGAAUCGACGUAGCGCAGCGUGAUUUGGCGUGUGGCAUCUUGGCGGGGUGGUCUUGUUCUAUACCAGCAUUGCGGAGUUUGGGAGUUGGUCCCAAGGCCGGAGCAUCGGGUCAUUGGCGUAGGUCUACUUAUCAGCAGACACUAAUUGAGCAUAUGUGCAAUUUUAGUAUCCCAUUCACGGUCGGCAAGGUAUUACGGUUAUA